AUUUCUGGCUCAGCGAGGAUGUGGGAGGUUUAGCCAAGCGCGGCCAGGUGUCAGUGUGCGUGACGCGAUGGCAUACCUCAGCUUCAAUGAGGGGGUCAAUGCAAACCUCAAGUUUACUUCAGACAACUCAGCGGAGAACGAGGAAAUGCUCAAGAAAGACUUGCCGCUGCGAUACACAUGGUCGAUCUGGGAACAGAUCAUGCAAUCCAACGACAAGUCGGCCGCCUACUCCGAUGCCACACAUAAGGUGGCAGCAUUCUCGACCGUGCAGGAGUUCUGGAAGCUGUGGAACCACAUGCCACAGCCCUCGGAGCUGUUGGAGCAGAAACGAAUGGUUCGCGAGCAAUCGGACGGCCUGCACGUGAUCGAUGCCAUCAUGAUCUUCCGCGAGAACAUCCGUCCGGAGUGGGAGGACAAGAUGAAUGCCAGCGGAGGCCACUUCCAAUUUCAGCUGAAGCCAAACGUCGGCGGUGGCCAGGUGGACGAGUACUGGAACAACUUGGUCCUUGGUAUGAUCGGGGCGACCGUCGAGCCCGCCAACAUGAUCACUGGAAUUCGGCUCGUGGACAAAUUGUCCGGCCCGCGGGCGGCGGGAGUGAUCCGUCUGGAGGUGUGGUUCACCAACUACGAGGACGCCGCCGCGGUGUCGGCGCUAAAGAAGAGCGUAGAGAAGUGCAUGGCCACGCGCCUGGAUGGGACUGUGGGCACGCCGCCCAAGGGUGAGACGAAACCACACCUCACGGGCAAGGCUCACUGAGACCGCAAGGCAAUUCGCAAAGACCGCCGGUCUCCAGGAAGUGCUUGGCUGGAUGGUGGAGUCACGGCUCUAGCGUAAGCAUUCCGCUCACGGCUCGUAUGUAGACGUCGCCUGAAUCAUUCCGACAGGCAACGGGCCUUUGUGAAACCUGGGAGGUGCUAAGCAUGCCUUGCUC